AUGAUCAUUUGCUUUUGGAACAUAAGAGGGUUGAAUAAUCCUCAAAAACAGUCUAAAGUUCUUAACAGGGCCAAACUCUACAAUAUUGACAUUCUUUGUUUGUUGGAGACUCGGGUUAAGACUGAAAAAGCUUCUAAUAUCCUUCAUUCUAAUUUUGGGGAUUGGAAUAAAAAUAUUGACAUCUCAUUCUGCCACUCUACUUCUCAAAGCAUCACUGUUAAGUGCAUUUUCAAUAAUGAGUCUUUUAUCAUCACAACAAUAUAUGGGACCAAUAAUGGCCUUUCUAGGAGACUUCUUUGGCAAACUCUAAGAGAUCUUGAUCUCUCUUUUGGCACUUUCCCUUGGAUUCUAGGAGGAGACUUUAACACUUAUCUCGACCCUAAGGAAAGUUCUGAUUUUGAUCUUCUAGGGCCUUUCUAUUCUUCUGAUAUGAAAGAUUUUCAUGAUGUUAUUUUUGAUCUUCAGCUCUGUGAUCAUCCUUAUUUUGGCCCUACUUUUACUUGGAGUAACAAGCAAAAAGAAAAUUAUCUUGCAAGAAAACUUGACAGAGUGCUUAUUAAUCCUCUAUGGUCUUAUUCUUUCCAAAAGUCUUUUGUUGAAUUCACUGCUCCUGGUCCUUCUGAUCAUUGUAUGGCACUUGUCUGGUUAAGUAAAGAGACCCAAUCCUUAAACAAGGAUUUUUACAGCAAUAUCUCUGUUAGAGUUAAACUUAAGAAAGCUGAGCUUGAGAAUACACAAUUAUCUACUCUUAAGGGCAUCAGUCCUAUUGAAAGUGAACUGAAUGUUCAAAAGGAGUUGAUUACUCUUGAAGAAGCUGAACAUUUGUUUCUAAAACAGAAAGCUAAAGUCAAUUGGAUAAAAGAGGGUGAUAGGUGCACCAAGUUCUUCCAUUCUGCUAUUGCUAACAAACAUAAAAGAGAGACUAUCAGAGUUCUUAUUAAUGAACAAGGCCAAAAACUGGAAUCUUUUGAUGAUUUAGCCUAUGAAAUUUUGGAUUUCUUCAAAGGUCAGCUUGGUACUGUUGAUCAUUGUGUUCAAAAAACUGAUCCCCUCUUCUUGAAAAAUCUGCUUCAAGUUAAUCUGCCCUCUGAAACGGCCACAGAUCUUACUAAAAUUGUCACUUCAGAAGAGAUUAAAGAAGCAAUCUUCAAUCAAGGAAAUGACAAAUCUCCUGGUCCGGAUGGGUUCACUCCUUUCUUUUUCAAGAAAACAUGGAACAUUAAUGGUGAAGAUGUUAUCAAUGCUAUCAAAUUUUUCUUCAAGGAAACCUUUCUUCUGCCUGCCUUCAAUUCAACAAUUAUUGCCUUGAUCCCAAAGAUCCAAAAUCCUAGCAAAGUCAAGGAUUUCAGACCAAUUUCUUGCUGCUCUGUUGUGUACAAAAUUAUCACUAAAAUCCUUGUAAAAAGGAUGACUAAGCUGCUGCCAGACAUUAUUUCCCUUAACCAGACUUCUUUUGUAAGAGGAAGAACUAUAAUUGAUAAUACUCUCCUAGCCCAAGAACUUGUAAAGGGCUAUGGAAGGAAGAUCAUUUCUCCAAGGUGUGCUCUUAAAGUUGAUCUUCAAAAAGCAUUUGAUUGUCUUCACUGGGACUUUAUUUCAGCUACUCUAAUUGCUAUUGGUCUGCCAAACAUUUUCAUCAACUGGAUUGAAGCUUGCUACAAGGAAGCUAGAUAUUCUAUUUCCUUAAAUGGUAGCUUGAUAGGAUACUUCAAAGGCCAAAGGGGGGUAAGGCAAGGAGACCCUCUUUCUCCUAUUUUAUUUGUUCUUGCCAUGAAUAUCCUCUCAAAGAUCCUUAACAUUGCUGCUGCCAGAGGAAUCUUUGGGAACAUUGACUCUGUUAUUGGUAUUCUUACUGUUCUUCAGCAUUUCUAUUGCAUGUCUGGUCUUAAGCUCAAUGUUAAUAAGACAGAACUGUUUGCUGCUGGUAUUUCCCAUAGAAGUCUUGAGGCUAUGAAAUGUAUCUCGGGGUUUAAACAAGGUUUCUUGCCUGUAAGACAAUUCAUGCUGCCCCAAUCUGUUAUUAAAAGAAUUGACCAACUCUGUGCAAGGUUUCUGUGGAAGGGUUCUGACCAAGCUGCUGUUGGAGCUCGAAUCAGUUGGAAUUAUAUAUGUAACCCCAAAUCUAAAGGUGGCCUCGGUUUUAAAAAUAUCAAAACUUGGAACAAGGCAUGUAUGAUUCAACUCAUACGAAACAUUCUUGUUGUAGAAGGUUCACUUUGGGUUGCUUGGAUUAAACUUUAUGUGAUCAAGAACAAAGAUUUUAAUGAAUUGAGUGAAAGUCCUACUAACAGCUGGGGUAUAAACAAACUGAUAAAGCUAAGGAAUGAGGCUCUCCCCAUUCUCAAUGCAGGUGUUUCGAAGACAAAGAAAAUAUGGGAUGAAAUCAGAGAAAAGCAUAAUAAGGUGCCAUGGCACAAUGUGGUUUGGUUUCCCCUCCAUAUCCCCAAAGCAAGUGUGAUUACUUGUAUGGCUAUACUUGAUAGGCUUCCAACUCGAGCUAGACUCUCUCGGAUGGGAAUAUCAACUGAUGGAUUAUUUGUCCUCUGCAAGGAGGAAAUUGAAACUAGGAAUCACUUCUCACUCAUUUGCACAAACCCCACACGUCAUGGGAGGAAAGACUUGAAUGGUCUUGUAGAGAAUGGAAAGAAAAGCCUCUAUAAUUCAUGGACUAGUACCUCAAAACUGCAAGAAUCUGUUACAGUUGGUGAGGCAAAAUUUGAAGCUGAUUUCCAACCUCAAGUGGCAAAAGGCAAAUCAUCUCAUUUGGUUCACAAAUCUGCUCUUAUUGUUCUUGGUCUGAGAAACACCAUCACAACGCCUAAAAAGGCUGCUUCAUCUAGCUAUGCUACUAAAGUACGGAAUCAAUUAUCAAAUCUUAAUCCGGCCAAGCAUUCCGCGAUAGAGUUGUCUCCUUCCUCUGUCCCUAUUGUUCUUUCACGUAAAUCUUUAGUGGAUAAACUACCAAUCAACAAUAAUAAUACUUCUUUGGCUACUGCUCCAACUGUUUGGGGGUCUCCCCGUCUGCUAUUGUUCCACCUCCUGUGGAAACGACUGAAUUAG